AUAAACAUAGUUUCUGAACAUCAAUAGUUAAUGUCAAAAAUAUAACCUAAACUUAAUAAGUUAAUAACAAGCAAAGAAUAAAAUAGCUUGCUUAUACAAAUAACAAGUAACCAGAUAACAAGUAACCAGAUAACAAGUUUAAUUUGUAUAUUGCUGUUUGUAUCUGUUCAUAUUUUAGACAUUAAAUAAUUAAUUUUUCACGAUAUGGCAUCUAAAGAAGGUGAAAAGAGUAAGGGCGCGCAAGCAGGUGACAAUAAAGAAAAAAGACGAAAAGAAUCUAUAUUAGACUUAAGCAAAUAUUUGGAAAAGAGUAUAAGAGUUAAGUUCGCUGGCGGGCGGGAAGCGGCUGGAAUAUUGAAAGGAUAUGACCCUCUAUUAAAUUUAGUUUUAGAUAAUACCACUGAGUUUCUGAGAGAUCCAGAUGACCCUUACAAGUUACUAGAGGAUACAAGAGCACUAGGACUUGUUGUAUGUAGAGGUACUUCUGUAGUACUAAUUUGUCCUAUGGAUGGAAUGGAAGCAAUUCCAAAUCCUUUCAUUACUCAAGAAGGAUAACAUUAUUUUUUUUUUAAUUACUUAAAAAUAAGUAAUUUUUGUAAGUUAAGUAAAUGAUAAGCUUAUAAAUUGUCUUUUAAUAUUCUUAGAUAUUUGAAGUAAUUUUCUCAUAAACCUCCUUUUUGUGGUCAGAUUAUUUCAAAUAAUUAUAUAAAGCUAAUUUAGAAUUAAUUAUUAAUGAAUGUUUUAUAUUCGUAUAUCGAUAUUAUUAUUUUCGACAUAGUUGUUAGCUUAUACUUAAUUAAUUCAAUAUAUAUUUUAUUUGAGACAAUA